AUGCCCGUCCCUCCCCCUCCGGCGCCCCCGCCCCCACCGACGUUUGCUCUGGCCAAUACAGAAAAGCCUACCUUGAAUAAGUCCGAACAGGCUGGGAGAAAUGCCCUUCUGUCUGACAUCAGCAAAGGGAAGAAACUGAAGAAGACUGUCACCAAUGACAGAAGUGCACCGAUAUUGGACAAGCCCAAAGGCGCUGGUGCUGGUGGCAGUGGUGGCUUUGGUGGUGGCGGCGGUGGCGGUGGCGGUGGCGGUGGCAGUUUCGGAGGGGGUGGACCGCCUGGUUUGGGAGGACUGUUCCAGGCUGGGAUGCCGAAGCUGAGAUCCACAGCCAACAGGGAGAGUGAUUCUGGAGGAAGCCGACUCCCAGUUUUGCCACCGGGAGGAAGAUCCACAUCUGCCAAACCUUUCUCACCCCCAAGUGGCCCAGGGAGAUUUCCUGUGCCUUCCCCAGGCCACAGAAGUGGUCCCCCAGAGCCUCAGAGGAACCGAAUGCCUCCCCCAAGGCCCGACGUGGGCGCAAAGCCUGAAAGCAUUCCCCCUCCAGUACCUAAUACACCAAGACCCAUUCAAUCAAGUCUGCACAACCGAGGGUCCCCACCAGUGCCUGGGGCCCCCAGGCAGCCCAGCCCUGGGCCAACUCCUCCCCCUUUCCCUGGAAACCGAGGUGCUGCUUUUGGAGGAGGCUCCAUACGCCAGACACCCUCAGGCUCCUCCUCACCCUUCUCCAACAGGCCUCCCCUGCCCCCUACCCCCAGCAGGGCCUUGGAUGACAAACCCCCUCCUCCGCCUCCUCCAGUGGGCAACAGGCCCUCCGUCCAUAGGGAGGCAGUCCCACCCCCUCCCCCUCAGAACAGCAAGCCCCCAGUGCCUUCUACCCCGAGGCCUUCCCCCUCCUCACAGGCCCCACCGCCACCGCCGCCACCAAGCAGACCAGGCCCUCCUCCCCUGCCUCCGGGUUCCAGUGGCAGUGAUGAAACCCCAAGACUCCCACAGCGGAAUCUGUCCCUUACUUCUUCGUCUGCACCCCCCUUACCUUCACCAGGACGUUCGGGCCCUCUUCCUCCCCCGCCCAAUGAGAGACCCCCUCCUCCAGUGAGGGACCCACCAGGCAGAUCAGGCCCUCUCCCACCACCCCCUCCAAUAAGCAGAAAUGGCAGCACAUCUCGGGCCCUGCCUGCCACCCCCCAGUUGCCGUCCAGGAGUGGAGUAGAUAGUGCCAGGAGUGGACCUAGGCCUCCUCUUCCUCCCGACAGGCCUGGUGCUGGGGCACCUCCCCCUCCUCCACCAUCAACAUCAAUUAGAAAUGGCUUCCAAGACUCUUCAGGUGAAGAUGAGUGGGAAAGCAGAUUCUACUUCCAUCCGAUUUCUGAUUUGCCACCUCCAGAGCCAUAUGUACCAACGGCCAAAAGUUAUCCCAGUAAACUGGCAAGAAAUGAAACCCGGAGUGGAUCCAACCGAAGAAAGGGCCCCUCUCACUCCCUCUCCCAUCCAGUGAUCUUCACCUGCUCUUCUCCAUCUGAGCCCAAGAGCUACUUCUGUUGUUACUAUCCAAGGAACACAAACCCCUCCUCCCUUAAUAUAUGGCCCCUUCAUACUGGCAAUAGGGAGGAAGGUAUAUUUUACAUUGAGAGUACAUCUCCUUUCCGACUAGUCACAUCCCAAGUGCUCAGCCACAUGUGGCUGGCGGCUACCGUAUUGGACAGCACAGGCCCAGAAGACAGAGGAUGGUGUAGCCUAGUAAAAGUGUUUGGGAAUGAGGGUGAUACCAAUUACUCAAGUGGACCAGGAAUGUUUACCCCCAUGGCCCAGGGAGUCCUGAGAGCCUUCACAGGGUGUCGAGCAGAUGGCAGCCCUACCAGGCCGUUUUUCCUCUUCUUCCCCAUCCCCUGCAGCUAG